AUGAAAAGUUACUUCCAAGCAAACUUCCCGCUUGCCGAUGGAACUAUUUAUAUGAUUCUGGUCCUAGUAGCUGGAAGUUUUGUCUACAUGAAACGCAUGACAGAAAUUAAAUCAGAGGCUGAUUUGCGAGUCAAAAUGAUGUCAGCAAAUAUAGAUGAACUGAUUCAAGACCACGAUGAGGAACUACUGUACGAAAAGAAAAUCGCAGCUACGCACGUUAUAAAAAUGAGGAUGCAAAAAAGAGAAUUCAGUUCAAAACUAGGAGGUCUUCAGAGAAAAUUAAAGAAACAAAAUGAAACUGUGAAUUCUCUGAAUUCAAAGUUGGUCUCUCUGGAAUGGGCUGAAGAAGAUGCGAAUGAAUUGGUCGAGGAAGUGAUGAAUGCCAGAGUGAAACUGAGACAAAAGGACGAACUAAUCGAGGCCCUGAAGAAGCAGCUCAGUUUCUACCAACAAGAUGUUGCAGUUUCAAGUCAGCAGCCGUUGAAACCAAUCCAGCCAAGAGGAAGAAUCAAUCAGGAGAAUAUUGCUCCGUAA